ACUUCAGGUACACGGUCUGGGCUCGAUACGUUUGUCGACAUCCAAGAAGCAAACAUGUACGCGUUGGGGAGCACCAAGUUUUCUGUUGGGGUUUCUUUCGUCGUCCUUCUCUUAGUCCUGGGGACCAGGGGACAAACAUGUGACCCCAUGUCGCCCAGCUGUCCACGAAACGCCGUCUGCGAGGAGAUCAUGUCCGGGAUGUUCAGAUGCGUUUGUGCGCCCGGCUUUUACGAUUUCCCUCCAAACAGAGUAAUAGAACGGGACGGUUGCCUCGGGGAAUGUGAUCGACUAGGCCCCACCCAGCAAUGUCCGGGAAACACCGAGUGUUUUGAGGCGUCGAACGGGUUUGGCGAGUGUCGCUGUCCCCCCGGGACCUCCGGGGAGCCGGACUGUUUCCCCGACGAUGGAUCUUCGGUGACAGAGAGUCCCGGGGGAGGCUUUGACACGAGCAGUGGACUGAUGCUGGCCGCCCUGAUCAUCCUCCCCCUGCUGAUCCUACUCCCGACCUUCAUUGCAAGCUCUACCUCAAUGGACGGCGAAUCUUCCGGUUCCGGUUUUGGAAGGAACUCCAUGAGGAACAGAAAUUCCAUGAUGAAUUGAAACGAAUGACACUGUAUAUAUAAAAAAUAAAGAUUUUUUCAACUUGCUUAUGAAUGUUUUUAAAAGGCAGUGAUAACUUCGGAGAAUGCGAAUAACGAGACGAUUUCUCGGCUGGUGAGAUGGGCAAUGAAUUCAAAUGAUUGAACCUGAAUGCCGAGUUAUAAAGAUCUAUUGGUACAUACGAUACCGGUGUAAACAAGGAAAGAACUCUGGCAUUUGAGUGAAGCAGUCAUUUCAACCAGCAUUGUGAUUUGGUCGGAAAA